AUGGAGAAAUCAGCUGGCGCAGUGCGUGAGGACCGGGCUAUUUUGCGAGCGGCGAGACGUGUCCAGAGCACCGCUUUUGAUGUCUCCAACGCCGUCGAGCAGCUCAAACUCAAGGUGCUGCACAAAUGCCUGGAUUGCACAGCCGAGUUCGGAGUCGACAAUUUGUGCUACUGCCAACAAUGUUCGACGGAAAUCUGCGCAAUGUGCGCCAUCCGCGGCCACCUGAAGCACGAAGGAAUGUCACCAAUUUUGGACGCUGAGUUGGCGAAGUUGCGCGCCCAGGCGAAGGCCAAUACGGAUGCCGUGUACGACGGGUUGCUGAAAAAUGUGAAGGGGCUGCACACUCAAAUUAUCGACAACAUGCAGCAGCUUCUCGUGCGCACCGAGCAGGAGCACGCAAAUAUUUCGGCCCAGAAGAAAUAUGACUUGGGUCAAGCGGUGGCGGAGAAAGUGCGGCAGUCUGCGGUGGACUUUGAGAUGCGCUGUGAGGAGUACUUCCCGGUCGCCCGCAAGUUCAGCGACUACAUGAUCGAUUUGAAGGAGGAUUUGGACAAGAAA